AUGUCUCGAUCUCGCCACGCAAGACCUUCCAAAUUAGUCAGGAGGGAAGAUCUAAACAAAAAGAAAAACAAUCAGCUGAAGAAGGGAUCUAAGCCAGCCAACAAAAAUGUGGUGACUGUCAAGACUGUGAGCCCUGGAAAAUUGAAGCAAUUCGUGCAAGAAAGAGAUGUUAAGAAAAAAACAGAACCCAAACUGACUGUGCCAGUCAGAAGCCUUCUGACAAGAGCUGGAGCAGCACGAAUGAAUUUGGAUAGGACCGAGGUUCUUUUUCAGAACCCAGAGUCCUUAACUUGCAAUGGGUUUACAAUGGCUCUGCGAAGCACCUCUCUUAGCAGACGACUCUCCCAACCCCCAGUGGUCAUAGCCAGACCCAAGAAAGUUCCACCACCUAAGAAUCUAGGAAAGCAACAUGAGUGUGAUUAUAAGGUACUUACAGACAUAGGAGUAAAGCACUCAGAAAAUGAUUCAGUCCCAAUGCAAGACCCCCCAAUCCCCCCUGAUAUAGAGAAGCUAAUUGGCAUACAAAAUGCAUCUUUCAUUAAAGACGAGAGCCAAAAGACAACCCAGUCUUGGUCCCAAGGUGUCGAGGAUUCCAGAAUUAUUUGCUCUACUCCUAGUGACCCUGCAGCAGAGAUUCUUUCUGGGUCACUGGAAGGGACAUGUGGUGGAGAAGGACUAUUCUCUAGACAGACAUUGAAUGAUAUCAGUGAUUCCCCUAGAAUGUUUGCUCAGGACACUGUCUGUGUUCCUUUGCUCCAAAGAGCAGCCCUCAAGGUUACCUCUGAAGGAAACCCCAGCAUUCAGUUAGAAGAUUUGGGUUCACGAGUAGAAUCUCUUAAGCUGUCUGAUUCUUACCUGGAUCCCAUCAAAAGUGAACAUGAUUGCUGCCCCACCUCCAGCUUUAAUAAGGUUGUACCUGCAUUGGACCUUAGAAACUGUUUGUCUAUUGGUGGGUCGAUAUAUCCUACCUCAUUAAUAAAACUCCUCUUGGCAGGUUCAGAACAAGAAACCCUUGGUGCUAAACCAGAUCAUCAAGAGGUACGCAAAGCUACCCCAGAUCAACAGGAAGUUCCUGAUACCACCCCUGUCCUAGCACAGGCCUUGAGUGCUGUCCCACAUCAAUGGGAAGUUCCUGGUGCUAACCCAGUUCAUGGAGAGCCUUUGGGUGAGACCCUAGACCCACCAGAGAUUCUUGGUGCUAUUCCAGUCCAAGGAGAGGUCUUUGGUGCUAUCUUAAAUCAACAAGUCCUUGGUAUGGGUAGUGGUACUGCCUCAGACCCGCCUGUCUUUCUUCCUGCCCCUCUUAACCCAGUCGCUACCUGUAAUGCUCUCCCAGCAUGGCCCGAGCUCCAGGGCACUGUUUCAUCUGGGCUUGAGGUCCCGAGCACUAUGCAGAUUUUGCCUUCGGGCUCAGGUCACACUCCUCAACCAUCAUCAAACUCAGAGAUAAUUUUGGUACCUCCUGUAAUACCUAUGAACAAUAUAGAAAAUGAGAAGAAGAUUCACAUAAGCUUUCUGCCAGCUCAUACUCAGGGGUUCACAUUAGCCCCCGAGAGAGGACUCCAGCCAGCUCCACAGGGCAUCGCCCGACUCUCGCUGGUGAGUCCCAGCACAUUGGAAGGAGGCAGCUCCCAGAUCAGUGCCACCAGCUUGGUUGAUGUCAACCCCACUGUGGCGUCUAGGCCAGUGCCACUUGCUAGUACCUCUUCUCCUUCCUACACAACUCUGCUACCUACCUUGGAAAAGAAGAAACGAAAGCGAUGUGGGGUCUGCGAGCCCUGCCAGCAGAAGACCAAUUGCGGUGAAUGUACUUACUGUAAGAAUAGAAAGAACAGCCAUCAGAUCUGUAAGAAGAGGAAAUGUGAGGAACUGAAAAAGAAGCCAUCCGUCAUUGUGUCUUUGGAGGUUGUAAAGGAAAACAAGAGGCCCCAGAGGGAAAAGAAGCCCAAAGUUUUAAAGGCAGAUUUUGACAACAAACUGGUAAAUGGCCCCAAGUCAGAAUCCAUGGAAUACAGUAGUUGUGGUCAUGAGGAAGAACAGAGAUUGGAAUUAAAUUCAUGUCCCUUAGAAAAUGUAACUAAAAAUGAAGAAAGUAUGACAGGUAUUGAAGUGGAGAAUUGGACACAAAACAAGAAAUCACACUUAACUGAUCAUGUCAAAGGAGAAUUUAGUACAAUUAAAACAGAAGUUGAAAAUUUGAAAAACUCUGAAGAUGACAGGAAAAAAAUUCUACUUACUGACCUCCUUGAACCUCAAAAAUUGUUUGCACAAACUGUAAGAAAUGGCAUUAAAAAUGUACACUAUUUACCAACUGAAACAAAUUUGUCUUUUAAAAAAAUCAACAUUGAAGAACUUGGCAAGGCAUUUGAAAACAAUCCUUAUAAAUUCCUGAAAGACACCGCAAAUCAUAACAAUGUCAUGAGCGCCAUUGCUACUAGUGCGAGCUGUGAUCAUCUCAAGGGGAAGAGUAAUGUUUUGGUUAUUCAGAAGCCUGGCUUUAAUUGUAAAUCUUUCCCAGAUCCUGUGAACUGCAACUUAAAUAGUCAUACUAGUAUACACAAUGAAAGUGAUCAACCAAAAUCCCUAGAAAUUAUCACAAAUAGAGAACUAAAAGAAGGGUCAACACUUCAACCAAGUCUCCUAUCCCUAAUGAAAGAUAGGAGAUUAACACUAGAACAAGUAGUGGCCAUAGAAGCUCUCACACAACUUUCAGAAGCCCCAUCAGAAAAUUCCUCUCCAUCAAAGUCAGAGAAGGAUGAAGAAACAGAACAGAGAACAGCUAGUUUGCUUAACAGCUGUAAAGCUAUUCUGUAUUCUGUGAGAAAAGACCUCCAAGACCCAAACUUAAAAGGGGAGCCACAGAGCCUUCAUCACUAUCCGUCUUUGGAAAAGCAAAGCUCAUGCAACACUGUAGUGUUCAAUGGCCAAAAUACCAUUUCUAAGUCACACAACAGCUCACCUAGUCACCAAGCAUCCACAAAGGCACAGGAAAAUUCAACGAUCACAAAUUCAAUAUCACUUUUUAUACCAAAUUCAAAUUCAUCUAAAACUGAUACCAAUAAAAAUAUUGCUCAAGGUAGGAUUACUCUCGACAGUUCUAGGAAUUUGCAGCAGUUGACCACAAUAACUAGCAAAUCAGAGUAUUGUAACCAGUCACUGGACAACAGCAUCAAGUUGGAUUCAAAGGAUAAUUCAUCAUGUCAAGAUUCAGUUCAUAGUAAGAUAGAAGAAGAUGUUGCCGCACAGUUAACACAACUUGCAUCAAUGAUUAAAUUCAAUUAUGUGAAACCAGAGGACAAAAAAGUUGAAAGUACACCAACAAGCCUUGUUGCAUAUAAUGUCCAGCAAAAGUAUAACCAGGAGAUGGGCACAACACCACAGAAACCACCUUCCAGUGUACACAAUAAUCAAGGCUCAUCAGUAACAAAGCAAAAGAACACAAUCCAGAAAAAGACAAAAUCUACUCCAUCAAGAGAUAGACGGAAAAAAAAGCACAUGGUCAUAAGUUGUCAAGAAAAUGACCAGAAAAAGCAGGAACAGUUGUCAUAUGAGUAUAGUAAAUUACAUGACAUUUGGAUAGCAUCUAAAUUUCAAAGAUUUGGUCAAUUUGGUCCACAUGAUUUUCCCAUUCUAUUGGGAAAAAUUCCUCCCCUAACUAAAGUAUGGAAACCACUGACUCAAACAAGUUCAGCAUUAGAACACAAAAAAUUAUUUCCUCCACUCACUCAGAUAAAAUUUGAGAGAUAUUAUCCUGAAUUAGCACAGGAAAAGAUGAAGGUUGAACCCUUGGAUUCUAUCCCCAUAAUCCAGUUAAAAACAGAAUCCAAUGGGCAGGCGUUUACAGAAAAUGCAUAUACUCAGGUACAGCCAACAGUGAAUGUCAAUCAGAAAGCUCAUCCUUUACUCCAGCCAGCCUCUCCAACCAACCAGUGUGCUAAUGUCCUGGAUGGCGGUGACCAAAGACAGUUCCAAGAGGAUGUUAAAGACCAACUCAUGCAUCAGAGACUGCCAACAUUUCCUGGUAUCUCUCAUGAGACCCCUUUACCAGACCCAGCACAAAUUCUCAGGAACCUAAAUGUAGUAUGUUCAGGUGGAAUUACAGUGGUUUCUACCAAAAGUGAAGAGGACGUCUGUUCAUCUAGUGUUGGAACAUCAGAAUGUUCCCCAAUAAACAGUGCACAGAAAAGUUUUAAUGAUUAUGCGAUGAACUUCUUUACCAAUCCUACGAAAACCCUGGUGUCCACAACGAAAGAUUCUGAAUUGCCUACUUGCGACUGUCUUGAUCGAGUUAUACAAAAAGACAAAGGCCCAUAUUAUACACACCUUGGGGCAGGACCAAGUGUUGCUGCUGUCAGGGAAAUCAUGGAGAAUAGGUAUGGUCAAAAAGGAAAUGCAAUAAGGAUAGAAAUAGUAGUGUACACAGGGAAAGAAGGAAAAAGCUCUAAUGGGUGUCCAGUUGCUAAGUGGGUUUUAAGAAGAAGCAGUGACGAAGAGAAAGUUCUUUGUUUGGUUCGACAGCGUACAGGCCACCACUGUCCAACAGCUGUGAUGGUGGUGCUCAUCAUGGUGUGGGACGGCAUUCCUCUCCCGAUGGCUGACAAAUUGUACUCGCAGCUUACCGAGAGUCUCAAGUCAUACAAUGGUCAUCCCACGGACCGAAGAUGCACGCUCAAUGAAAAUCGUACCUGUACAUGUCAAGGAAUUGAUCCAGAGACUUGUGGAGCUUCCUUCUCUUUUGGCUGUUCAUGGAGUAUGUAUUUCAAUGGCUGCAAAUUUGGUAGAAGCCCAAGUCCUAGAAGAUUUAGAAUUGAUCCAAGUUCUCCCUUACACGAAAAAAACCUUGAAGAUAAUUUACAGAGUUUGGCUACAGAAUUAGCUCCAAUUUAUAAGCAGUAUGCUCCAGUUGCUUUUCAAAACCAGGUGGCGCUUGAACAUAUUGCCCGAGAAUGUCGGCUUGGGAAGAAAGAAGGUCGUCCUUUCUCUGGGGUCACUGCUUGCCUAGACUUCUGUGCCCAUCCCCACAGGGACAUUCACAACAUGAAUAAUGGGAGCACAGUGGUCUGCACUUUAACACGAGAAGAUAACCGCUCAUUUGGUGUUAUUCCUCAAGAUGAGCAGCUGCAUGUGCUUCCUCUUUAUAAACUUUCAGACACAGAUGAGUUUGGAUCAAGGGAAGGAAUGGAAGCCAAGAUCAAAUCUGGGGCCAUCAUGGUCCUUGCACCCCGCCAGAGAAAAAGAAUGCGAUUUACUCAACCCGUUCCUCGUUCUGGGAAGAAGAGAGCAGCGAUGAUGACAGAGGUUCUGGCGCAUAAGAUAAGGGCUGUGGAAAAGAAAUUUAUUCCUCGAAUCAAGCGGAAGAAUAACUCAAUGACAAACAACAGUAAGACUUCAUCACUGCCCCUUUUAGGGAAUAAAACAGAGACAGCGCAACCUGAAAUAAAAAGUGAAACUGAACCCCAUCUUAUCUUCAAAGGUUUGGACAACACUAAAAGCUACUCACCAACCCCGUCCAUUCCUCACCCAGUGAAAGAGGCAAACUUAGCUCCAGCUUUUUCCUGGUCCUCUAAGACUGCUUUGGUCACAACAGCUCCUUUUAAGAAUGAUGCAUCACUUUCGUACGGGUUUCCAGAAAGAGGUAGCAAUCCCCACUGCACAAUGCCUUCUGCAAGACACAGUGGUGCUAAUGUAGCUGCUGGGGAAUGCGCUGAAAUUGCACAGCCUGGUGAAAUGGUUCCUCUUCCCACCUUGUCUACUCCUAUGACAAAUUCCCUGGGUUAUUCUGAGCCUCCCAUUGGCCCAUCUGAGCAGCUAACUUCCAACCAGCCAAACCAGCAGCCUCCAUUCAUCACUUCUCCUCAUGAGCUUGCUUCCUCUCUGGUGGAAGAAGAUGAGCAGCCUUCUGAAGCAGAUGAGCCUCCAUCAGACGACCCCCUUUCGGACGACCCCUUGUCACCUGCUGAGGAGAAACUGCCCCACAUUGUUGAGUAUUGGUCAGACAGUGAGCACAUCUUCCUGGAUGCCAAUGUUGGUGGCGUGGCCAUAGCGCCUUCCCACGGCUCGGUUCUGAUCGAGUGUGCCCGGCGAGAGCUUCACGCCACGACUCCUGUCGAACACCCCAACCGAAAUCACCCUACGCGCCUCUCUCUUGUCUUCUACCAGCACAAAAACCUGAAUAAACCCCAACACGGUUUCGAACUAAACAAGAUUAAGUUUGAGGCAAAAGAAGCUAAGAAUAAGAAAACUAAAGCCUCCGAGCAGAAAGACCAGGCAGCUAACGAGGGUAUUGAACUGUCCACAGAAGUUAAUGAAUUUAGCCAGAUUCCUUCUCACAAAGCGUUAACAUUAACCCAUGACAAUGUUGUCACUGUGUCCCCUUAUGCUCUCACACAUGUUGCGGGGCCCUAUAACCAUUGGGUCUGA